UGUGGAGCGGAAUUUUUCUUUGUCUUUUUCUAAUUGUUCCACCCGAGAAAUCACCAAGGAAAAUUCCGCUCCGCGCGCAAAAUUCCGCCUAAUGGAAAACCGGCUUAAUGUUUUAAACUUGUAUGUGUUAACCCAAUCCUUAAGGCCCUAUGGACAAACAUCUUCGACUGCUGCAUGGGACAGGUCACGUGAGUAACACUAUCCAUCGGAUAGUUAUUUUUAACCGUUGUAAAAAAAACUUUUAUUAAAAGCUAUAAUGGUACGGACCUGCAUGGACCUCCCAAUUUUUAAACAGCGACUUAAAGGAACACUCCACUAAAAAUAUAUUGAGGUGCAAACAAGAGAUUGUACUUACGUUAGGUUAUUUGCGAAGUUUGAAAAGACAAUUCUUUUUAGGUAAGGAGGAAUUACUUAUCGAAGUUUGUAAAAUCCAUUAUUGAACGACGCCAUUUUGUAUUUCUCAAGCAGACGCGUAAGGCCGGCCAAGGCCAGCGGUUCCACAAAAAACGACGUCACUGACUGUGCUUUCAUCCUUCGCGCGAAACUUCAAAAACUUUCAUUAUACUGUGGUAGUGUUCACUGUUUAAUUAAUUGUGUUUAAUCGACUGUGAUAAGACUAAAUGCUUAUAGACAUAACUUAUUAUAGACUGCCAAGUGGUCCACCUAAAAGCAUUUGGUUGCGAAAUAUCAGGGACAACCCGCGCAAGUUCAACAACUCAUUUGCAUGUUGUUUAGAUAUUUUGUUAAUUUCACAGUCGAUUUAACGCAAUUAAUUAAACAGUAAACACUACCACAGUAUAAUGAAAGUUUUUGAAGUUUCGCGCGAAGGAUGAAAGCACAGUCAGUGACGUCGUUUUUUGUGGAACCGCUGGCCUUGGCUGGCCUUACGCGUCUGCUUGAGAAAUACAACAUGGCGUCGUUCAAUAAUGGAUUUUACAAACUUCGAUGAGCAAUUCCUCCUUACCUAAAAAGAAUUGUCCUUUCAAACUUCGCAAGUAACCUAACGUAAUUACAAUCUCUUGUUUGCAUCUAAAUAUAUUUUUAGUGGAGUGUUCCUUUAAAUUUAUAAACACUAAAGUUUAAUCUGGGUUAUAGCAAUUAACGGACGUUAAUUUUAAGAAAGAUGAAAAAAAUCACUAUCUGGUGGAUAGUGCUAUUCGGCCUUCGUUGAACCAGCCCCGUAAUUUAAAUAGACUUUCCUCAGAAUGGUGAAUGCCCCUUGUUCCAAUUUCGAGUAAAGCGAUCUCCAUGCGUUUCAUUUGAAGCGCGCGGUGAUUUAUAUUCAGCCACCCCGCGCGCUUCAUCUUGUGUCAAACUGGCAGUGGCGCGACAUUCAAUGCUUUGAGGGAUGGCCACUUUAAUUAUAUGUUCACCUUUAUGGUACUGAGCAGUCUUCGACAUUGAACAAUAAGAAAGAUAUUGGCUUAAUCGUCUGAUUCUUAGUUUGAUUGUAAACUAUUGCCAUAUCCAUAAUUCUACUCGUCGUUAAUUACCCGUCAUUGACUGCAGAGUGUAGUUGAAUGCUCCGAAAACAAAACCCGCGUCAUCACAUUUUUGUUACCCUUUAAGGCGGUUUUCCAGUCCUCGCACGAAGCUCCUCGCAGCUCGCUGCGAGUGCUUGCAUCUAAUUAAAAUGAACUGUUUAGCAUUGUGAUUGGAUGAAAGUGCUCAUACAUCACUCGCAGCGAGUUGCGAGGAGCUUCGUGCGAGGACUGGAAAUCCGCCUUUAGUCGAUAGUAUCUUUUUACGGUGUAAUUGCUGUGCUUUACGCCAAUCUUAGAUAAACACGUGCUAUCGAUCUAUUCUGCGUCCAGUGCCUUUUCUAAAACUAUAAUUUUUUUCAUUGCAGGCAGUUUCUCACCGUUGAGCUCACUAGGCGACCUUGGUCGGUUGUUGGUUAAUAUUCAGGGCGCUUUUAGUCCAAACUGUGCAAACACGCCGCCUGAUGAAUCUCCACUUAAAGAUGACAAUGAUGAAGUCAGCAAUCAAAAGAGGUAUAUCUCUUGCUUUCUAUCUGUCUCGCUUUGUCAAAGUGGGAACUAGAAUUUUUUUUAACCAAAAUGAUGUCGAGAUAUUUUUCCAAAUGUAAAGAGAGACAUAUAAAACCCGCUUACUAUGGUUAAGGCAACCAUCAUCAUCAUCGUCGUCAUCAUCAUCAAUCUCAGUCGCCUAAAAUAUUAUUAUUCGUGAGCCAAUAAUAAUAGCGUUCAAAUCUAAACAGCAGUCCAGCCUUGCACCCAACCGCAUUGAAUUGCUACGCCUUCGCGUGAAGAGCGCAUGGGACGAAAUAUACACGCGUGGAAGAAAAAUGGAAAAUUUGCAGGAUAUCAGCUACAGCCGUAGCACAGCAAAGAUGGCGUAAUACAGCAAAGCGCCUGAGUACAACGCUAGCUACUGAAUGGCUAAACUUUUAAAUGAGUGUUAUACUAGUUUAUUCCUUUCAAAACUUAUAUUUAAAUCGAGGUUAUACAAGACACCCUGGCCCCACGUUCCCUUUUCCUUGCGCAAAUGCACAAUAAUGGGGACGAUUCCCCGAUAUUGCAUGUUUUCAUUAAACUUUAACAAUUAUCUCAUUCUCAGUUCUGAUUUUUUGUUUAGCUUUAUUCAAGAAUAUGUAAACUGGCUGCAUGUCAGACUUUCCUACUUGAUAGUCAGUGUCACAGAAACUUCUCUGUCUAAAGAAUUUGUAAGGUCAGUCACUUUUGCGCUUUUCUGCUCCACAAUGAAGUAGUUUAAAACAACCUCUUUACUCGCUGGCAUUCUGUUCACCAGCACGAUAACAUGGCUAAAGUUUUAUUCUCCUCUUCAAUUGACUGUCAUUUAGUUAGUUAGAGCGCUGCAACGGAAUCGCAGAACCGCGGGGUGGAUUCCUGCCAGAGGGCCUAAAGCUGUAUUCCUCGCAACCUCUCCUCGUCAGGUCUAAUAAUUAUAAAAUGUAUAAAAUUCACACUUGAAAUUUCCAUAAACCCUCCCACAAUUAGUUCUAUCGAGUGAGAUGCCCCAAUCCUGAUAUUUAUGUCAUUUAGAGCGUUUCCUCAAAGUAGUUCAUGUGGCUGGGACGUCUACAAUGUUAAAGAUGAAUUUCAGAGACAAGAGGUACGUCCUUACUUUUGUCUUGUAGCUAGUGCUGGACGUUAAAUGUGAUUGGCUGAGUGUUUUUAGCUGAAGCAAUUUAAAAGAAAAAAAUCGGCCAUAUUGAAACGUCACGGUUACAAAUACAACGACAAUGAUGUCAUUUUUGGUAAAAAAUUUAUACUCUUCAGGUAGUCUUUCGAAUAACUCAGAUACUAUUUGCUUUUCAACAAGUAACAAUCGUUCAAACAUUCUGCCAUACAUCGUAAAAUUUUCUCUUGCCAAAAACAGUUGGGUGCCACCUUAAAUCCACCUUAAAUCCACCUUUGUACCUCAUUUAACUCCUUAUGUGAGUUGAUGGAGGUACAAAAUAACACCACUGAAUUUACAUUAGCUCCCUAAUUCAAAUUAACAGUGGGAGGUCGAGGGUUCGAUUCCCAUCGUGGUCAAGUAAGUUUUAAUCUUCCUUGAUGUGGAGACAGUCAGGGUAGCGUCGUCUGCUAUAAUUUAUCCAAGCUUUAAUCCCACCAUCGUUAGACAUAAAAGAGCACGAAAUGGAAGGCAAAGCAUUUCUUCAUCACACUUACAGUAAUUAUUCAUUUCAAAUUAUUUUAAACAUUUCUUAUUUUAGAUUCUAUUCAACAUGUUAGAUCCACUUAUGAUAACUAACAUCUCCCUCAUUAAAAUAUACGUUUUUCAAUCAAAAUGACUUCACUAUUGUUCGAAAAAUAACAUUCCCAUAUUGGAACAUUUUUUACAUGUCUCUGUCAUACAUCCUAUUGACAUCCCAUUUGACGAAGCUUUCAUGCCACUCCAGUCAAUAUGAGGUCAACGUCCGUAUUUUUCCAGAUAGAUGAAAAUUGGCGGAUGUCUGAGAUGAAUACAGAUUAUGAAACUUGUCAUUCUUAUCCAAGAUUUUUCUAUGUACCCGCAGGUGUUGAGGUGGGUUAUCCAAAACGCUAAGGCUACGUCCACACUAAUCCGUUUUCGUAUCGAUUCAAGUAAUUACACCAUUGUUCUCUAUUCCCUUGUGAACGGAGAGCAACACGAAAACGGAUUAGUGAGGUGUUUGCUCAUUGAAUCGCUCAAAUUGUUUUCAUAAAAUAGAAGUACUCUGCAUGUGUAUUUUGGAAUCCUUCCUACCAGUGUAAAAAUGUAGUACCAUUCCUGAUAAGGCUAUAAAGGUGCUGUUACACUAAGCAACCUGUCUCGGAACUUGUCUCUCAAUUUUAAGAAAAACGAUUUCAGUAUUGCAUUGCAAGGGAUGUUACUCCAAGCAACACGUUCCAUGCAACUUGCAAUGAUCAUUAUUAAAAAUAGCAUAAAAAACACGAGUGCCAACGUUUGGCGCCAGAUUGACAGUCAAAAGCCAAUAGGAAGUCAUUCCGUGUAUAAACAUUGCGAGACUAGUUGCAAGAGGGAUGUUACACUGUGCAAUGCUUUAAAAAUGCGUUGCCGCAAUCGUUGCAAAAAGUAGAACCUGAUUCUACUUCGUGCAAUGGUUGUUGCAACAAAAAUGUUGCGAGACUUGUUGAUUGAAAGGCAUGAUAUACACCUUGCAAUUUCGCAUGCAACUUGUGUCGCAACAAAAUUGCGAGACACGUUGCGAAACAAAUUGCUAGCCUCCUCCGCAGGCAUCGUUUUCCUCCCAUGUUUUGUUCUCGCCAGUCCUAAAACUAUUUCGCUUGAAGCUCGGCCAAAGUUUGAUUUCCAAAGUUUGAUAAGACAAUACAGAGUUGCCUGCGGAGGAGGCUAACAAAUUGCAUAGUGUAACAGCGCCCUAACACUCGUUAAAAUUGUUGGCAAGCAAUUCUUGGUUUUCACUUGACGUCGUGGAGCUCAACAUGACCGCCAUAUCUUUGUCUUAUAAAUCCCAAUAGAUUUAUUGCAAACCACCAAUUCACAAUAUUGGAUAUCUCACUGUUGUUCUAGUUUGCAAAAGUAAUAAACAUGUGGGUUAUAUUUAUGAAUUAUUAACUCGUGGACAUUGGUGUUCGUUACCAUGAUUGUCCCAUUAUCCAACGCAAUGAUAUUCUCGUAUCGUCUGCAAGUUACGUCUUUUGCUCUAUUUUGUGUGAAUUUGACAAAAAGAUUUUUUGUUUGCGAUUCUAAUUUGGUUUUUGUUUGCAAUUCUAAUCUCGUGAAAUUCUCUUUCGCAGCUUUUGAAUCCCUAGAUAUUGGCUUGUACAUCACCUAUUCUGUAUAAACGUCAAACGUUAGCUACAAUCAGUUUCAAUUGUCUUGGGACAGAUGCCACAAAACCCCUGAAUUUCAACAAACGUCAAUCCCCCCGCCCCCUGUUCAAUGUUUGUCCCAUUUCUCGUCAGGUUUGAUGUGUUUUGGUUUAAGCAACAUUGAUUGGGGAGGGGGAGAGGGGAGCGAUAUUGUGUGUAACAAACUGUAAUGAUCCAUUUACAAUCUAAAACUGCAUUGUGUCGCAAAAACUUUUGAAAGUGAUUGUUGUUAAUUUGCCUAUAUACAUAUACAGUAAUCAGCCGUUGAAGCUAAUCUUAUCGGGUUUUCCCAUUAAGAUCGUUCUUUUGACAUAAACAGACAAAAAGAAUGAGCAUCUGCCUUUGGCUCUUUGUGAUUCCCAUCUGUAUAUUCUUCUCAAAAUAAAGGUUAAAAACCACUUUCAUAAUAAAGACGGAUGUAAAUGUUCUUUGAUGUCCAUCUUGCCCUCGUUUCUGUGGCUGACGUUUCAAUCUGUGCUUGAACCAGACCAAUUAGAAAGCUUUUUAAGAUGCACAUAAAAGAAUAAUUAUUUGAAUCCGUCCGUCUCUAUUAUGAGAAACGUCCAUGUGUUUAUACAAUUUAUACAUUAUCAAAUAGGAUGGAAUUUUACGAAAGUGUGCAGAUUUCAGAAGCAAGGUAUGUCAGUACAGUAGUAUAAACUGCAUGCUAAAUACGAUUAGGCUUUUUAGACGUCCGUUUUUGUCGAAUAUAAUUUGUUGAAUUUAAUGCUGCUGAGUUUUCAUUCUGGAGGGGAGUGAACUUUUCAAAUAUAAUUUCAUUUGAUGCAGCACAACAAGUGCGACAGCAGGGGCGUAGGAAGCAAGGGGCUAGGAGGGGGGGGGGGGAUCUCCUCCUAAUAUUUUAUAACAGAGGUCAGAAUAGCUUUCAACUGAAUUUCAAACAACUCACGGAUAGCACAGACUCGCAAAUUAUAAAGAAAGAAUUGAUGAGAGAGGCUGAAAUCCCGUCGAGUACAAUUCAGAAGCAUUUAUUUCAGCAAAUUAAAUUCGAUGGAAAUUCGACGAACAACAGGCUUUAAGCCGGUUUUCCACUUCGCCCGUAUCGUACCGAAACGUACUGGUGAGCAUGCGCAGAUUGAAAAGAGGUUUAUAAAUCCACGUACUUCCGGCUGUAUUCGCGUAUCAAAAUAAAAAGUUCGUCGCAAGUCAACUUUUUGGCGUACUACGGAAGUAUUAACCAAUCAACAUUCACUAAAUUUUGAAAUUUAAAAACGUUUUUGAUACGUUUCGGUACGACGCUUGAAGUGGAAAACCGGCUUUACGCUGCUAUAUACAGUGUAUUUAAUUUAAAAUUGUUCAAUUCAUUAAUUGUGAAUCCAUUAUUAUAGGGUCGUUUACCAGUUUUGUGUUGGUUUAAUAAAAAGAGAGGAAAUUUUAUAAUGCGGUGUGCUCAGCCACGAACUGGACCAAGAAAGAAGGUACUAAAAUUAACCUAGAAGCAGCUCUAAAAGAUACGAAUUAUGGCAAGUUCAUGUGUCAUAAAUUUCUCGCCCGGCUCUGCAUGUCAGGCGCUAUGUCAUAUUAUUCGCACUUUUGUGCAUCUGGGCCGGAUAGUGCUUUUUUUCAGCCGUUGUAACGUUGCUUGAAAAGUGAUUUUAAAACUAACGAAUAUGGAUCCUACAAUUAAUAAAUGGAAACUUUAACAAAAAAUCACUCUCCAGUACUAUCUGGCUUUCAUACAACCGGCCCUAGAGAAAUACAUGAAAUGCAAGACACGCUUAAGAUUUCGUCUGUGGGUACGUUUCCACGUAUAUACGUAUUAGAGAGUUUACGAUUCACGACGCGGCGAGAGAAGACGCGUUAAAAAGGCUUGGUAACUAGCGCGGCCCAAGCCGCGUCGUCUUGUUCUGUUCCCCACGGUACGAAACACAACGCGCUAGCGUAAAACGUUUAUUUCGGCGGGGAAAUUAUAGGCUUUUCGACUACGCGUUGGAAUUACACAAGACGCGCUGGCCGCGCUAGUUACCAAACCUUUGUAACGCGUCUCCUCUUGCUGCGUCGUGAAUCGUAAACUCUCUAAUAUGGCUCUGUGUCCAAAAUUGCAUAUUUAGCUAACGUUUCUUUAUACCCAAUGACAACUUUAGAUAAGUUAUAUGCGUAGUUACUACUAUUCUAGUUUAUGCAUGAGGAGCAUGGAAUAGAGCAAAGGUAACUAAGCAUUAGAAUUAUGUAAUACUAUAUAUAUACAUGAGAAAACGACUCUUACACAUCAUUUUAAUACUUAGUUACCAUUGCUCUAUAUUCUCUGCUUCUGUGAACUAGAACAAUAGUUACUAUAGGCAUGUGAGUUAUCCAAAAUUGUGAAUUGGGUAGCAAGUUGGGUAAAACUUUCCUCGUGUAACUUAGUGUAUCAUUCCUUCUCUAGUUCAGUGCAGAUGAUGAAUACGUAAUUCAAACAGCGUUAGCCUCAAACACGGCUUCCCGAAGUUUAGUGAUAUUUGACGCAAGAUCUGUAAUUGCUGCUUCAGGAAACCAACUUAAGGUGUGGAGUUGAAAAGAAAUGAAUUUAAGAUGUAACCAAGUUUUGUAAUUUGCGCUGCAGCAUUCAGUAUGCAAUGACCCAUGACCUUUUCAGAAAUGUAAAGUAUGAGGUGGAGAUUGGGGGGAGAGGUGUAGUUGUCUCCUAUCGGCACUCUAAAGCCCCGUACGGACGAGCAAGUUUUCCUUGACGAGUCUUGUUGCUCGUGUGGACGGAAUGCUGUUAAACAUUUACCUCACGUCAAAGCCGCCUUCUAUUUGCCAGUAUUCUUCUCCACUUGACAAGUUUUCCUUGGCGGCCGUAUACAUGCGAACAAAUUUUCUUUGCUCAAAAGCUGGCUUAUUAACUAGCUUUGGAACAAGGCAAGGAAAAGUUCAAUUGUUUGGGCGAACAGACGAGCAAAUAAAACUUUUCAAGGAAAGAUUGCCCGAGAAAUGUUCUGUAUUUUCAAAAUCCUUAUACAAUGGAAUAGCAUGGAUCUUCGUUGGAAAUAGAAUGGAAAUCCAAUAUUCAUACUAAUUAGCCAUUUCCCAAAGUCCUGGGUCUAGUCGCGCGAAUCCCAUGUUGGAGGAACAAUAAAUAUGGCAGCACACAUUUAAAUUAAAUGUUUAAUGUAAAAAGGAGAUAUUUCAUUUUUGGUCGUCUAAAAAGUUGAUAUUUGAUGGUAGAUACUUCUACUCUUUCACAUAUUUGACGCCAGCUGUCACCAUAUAUUUUGUCCCUCCAAACGAUCCCAGAAUGCACUGUGAUCUCUUUUGGGAAAAGGCUAAUUGCAAAUUCCAUAGUAUGAAUUCCGUGUGAUAUCUUGUUGAAACGCCUUUCUGUACUACUAUAUAGGGUAAAGGAACAGAGGAUAUAGAUCGCUACCCUGGUUGUAAGCUAACAUUUCUUAAUAUUCCAAACAUACAUGCGGUGCGAGAUAGUCUGGAGAAACUUCAGACAGCUUGUCAAACAUCAGAAAGGAAAUGGUUUUCACAACUGGAAGCUUCUGGCUGGAUGGCGUAUAUUGCCUUAAUUCUGCAGGUAAUUUUUAUGUACGACUUUCAAGCUGAGAGACCCGGGUUCAAUCCUUGAUCGCACCUCUAGUCAAGGUCCUAAAAAUAAUUGAGGGGAAAGUGCUACCUUUACAUUGACAUCAGUAAAUGGUUAGUAAAUGGAUAAGGACGUUACAACCUCGGACCCAGGGGCCGUAGUGAGGGGGAAUUGGGGGGGGGGGCUUAACCCCAAACUUUUUUAGAAUUAACAUUCGGAAAAUCGGGUUGGCCAUUCGGAAAUUACGACAAUAAUAGUAUAACAAAAUUUUAGUACUAGUUGUUUAAACAGAGAAAAUAUUAUAAAAUUGUAUUGUCAGUAUAAACUGAUUUAUGAAAUCAAGGCAUUUACAUGGAUAACAUUUAACAAAUUGUAAAUCUGUAAAUGUUUUUCGGUUUAUUACUUCUCAGGGCCGUAGCAACCGGGGGGGCUGCAGCCCUCACAAUAAUUUGCUAAUAAUCAUUCUUUUUUCAAUUCAUAUCAUUUAAAUAAUAUACCCUUAAAAUACUGACAAUUGCAUGAUUAAAAAGUCUGUUUUCUGACCAUCAGAAUUCCGUCAAAACUUCCCCCAAAGUCCAGGAAAUGGCAUUUCAGAGACCCUAAAUUUAGAAAUUUCCUGGGGCCUUCGGCCCUCGUUCUCAGCCCCCCAAUCAGGAAGAGCUUCCUACGUCACUGCAUGCUUCUGUAAUAUGUCUGUGCGUAAAAUAUGUGUAUUUUUGUUUGUAAAUUGCGUUUUCAUUUUCCGGAUAGCACCUUCGUGGCUUCGUAUGCCAUGAAAUAUUCGGAUUUUUUUUUCGUCAUUCGGAAAUUUUUGGCCUACAUCCCCCCAACUAUACAUGCUAGCUACGGCCCUGCUCGGAUCCCCUAUCAAUUGGGCAAUAGCCCGUUCGAAAUCCGCUCACUAAUGAGUGAGAAACUCAAUAAACAAACAAUAAACAAGAAAAAUCAUAACUGCUUCCAAUAUUGAUAAUUUCAAGGUGUCACACUGUCGGUUACAGCUGUUUAGUUACUAAAUUUGUUUUGUCUGAUUAGAUAUAUUUGGGAAUUCUUUCAUGAUUUGGGGUGCUCAAUCGAGUCAUUGAGCACGCAGGAUGUUGGGAGAGUACGGGAAAGCAUAAGAGUAAUAAUGUUCGAGUCGCUUGCCGAGACCAACUCUAGCGCUUGAGAGCUAUUCCAGCUUCCCAGGUGCUCAAUAGUGAGCUUAAGCAAGUGACGUUUUUGACAACACGGACGUCGACCGGAAGUAAAGUUGACGUUUUUCACCAAUCACAGCCCUUGACCCAGUCUUCUGACGUUACUCAUCCCGUUCGUGUUGUCAAAAACGUCACUUGCUUAAGCUCACUAAUAAUUCGAUUGACCACGCCAGAUCAUGAAAAGAUUCUUAAUUUGUGCAUGGCCUGCAUGUCCGUUUGCUUGAUAUAAUACAAAUUUUGGCAAAGCUUAAUCAUUGAUUGAUUAGUUGAUUACUGAUAGAAUAACUUUGACCCUUAGGGCGCCAUCUCAAUCGUCCGCCAUGUUGACGAGAAAGGAGUAGCAGCUCUGAUUCACUGUAGUGAUGGCUGGGACAGGACAGCGCAACUCUCUGCUUUAGCGCAGAUACUCCUUGAUUCGUUUUACAGAACUAUUAAAGGAUUCCAGGUUUGUUUUAUUUCGGAAAAGAGAAAAUCACGUUUAAGGGAACCACAAUGAGCUGCUUUAAACAUAAACAGGACAAAUUAAUAUUAAUUUAAAAAACUCAGGAGAAAGCGUGUCGUAUCUUUAUAUGUGAUAAAAAAUCAUGUUAAUUUACAUAAACUUUAGCUUUGAUUUUCACGGUUUAGACAAAGUUUAUUUUAAAAAUUACUUCGCCAAUGAGCUCAUAUAAGAUGAGUCGUUUUUUAAGCCAUUUAUAAAAGCACUUGUAGUCGUGUUUUAUCAGAUAUAAAACGCUCGCCUGCGCCUCGCGUUUUAUAUCUGAUAAAACACUCACACGUGUGCUUUAAAUAGUACAUAGCUUUGGUAGGAUACAAGUCAUUAUAUUAUCUUGUGUGAACACAAAUGGGGAUUUGGCUCAAAACCCCACUAUACUAUGAGUCCCCAUAGUGUAUGUGAAUUACUCAACGAGGUCCUCAUAAUACAUGUAUAUUGUAUCAAGAGAACUGAAAGGAGAUGACGGAAGCUACCACCGAUUAUAUGCCGCCACCCCUAAAAUGUAUAAUAUAAGGAGCCACAUUAAUUUUGUGACUAGCCUGCACCGCAGGCGGUGAUGUUUCCCGCCUUCCUCCUGCCGCUAACACCGCUAUAUACGUUGUGACUCAAAUCACCCGCAAUAAAGUCGGCAGACUGGAUUCCAGCCAGCUUUCUUCCUUCCGACUAUUAUAUCCACCUUUAUUAUAUAGUGUUUACUUUAUUCAAUCUGUCUCCCUGAAUGUACUAUAUACACAGGUUAUAUUGGUUUAUUAAGGUCAUGUUGCACCACAGCAUUUUUUUCUGAAACUUGAAACUUGCAACACAAUUUCUAACAUAAGAGCGACAUUAAAAAUUCUUAACAGAAAAUCAGUGAGCAUCGACAGCAUUUCACACUUCAUUCUCAUUCACUUAUUUCAUGUUUAUGUUAGAUGAAGAAAAGGUCAGCGGAGGUAAAUUAAUUGCGGGGCAAGUUCUCCAAUCUAUUGUGAAUACCUUUUUCAUAACAUGACUCUGUUGCAGACGUUGCGUUGCAAGUACAGUAGCUUGCGCGUGCAGUCACAUGACACUGCGCGCAUGCAGCCAUGCAAAAUCUAGCAGUUCUAGCAAAAUUUACCUCGUAUAACGUGACACGACCUCUAGAUAAAGUCUAUCCAUGAUUGUUUAAUAUGCCUUAUGUAGGUUCUUAUCGAAAAGGAGUGGAUAUCAUUUGGGCAUCGCUUUCGAGACAGAAAUGGCCACCCGUCGUCCAACAGCAACCAACGAUCACCAAUAUUUGUUCAAUUUCUAGACUGUGUUUGGCAGGUAUGGUUCAGCUGCGCUGAAGAUUCAUAUAUACUAGGUUUAAAGUCAUGCUUCACAUAUAAGUUAUGAAUUUAGUUAUGAAUAUUCUCAUAGUUAUAGCACGUACGGUGAUGGAGUCAAUUUCUGCAAUAUGUAAGAAUUAAGUUAAACCUAAUUAAGUUAAUCGCCACGGCCUUUGCGUACCAUGUUUUGUAAGGUGAGUUUUCUGAUAUAAAAAAAAUGUGUCGGCAAAGAUGGUUAGCCCAGCAAGUUUCUCUCGUGUGUGGGAUGUUGAAAAGUGUCGCUGAUUCUCGAACUCUUGAAUGGCCCUUAUACUUCAUACGCGUGUAAUAUUUUUAAAUUUUUGGACCAGGAACUGGUUCCCAAUCCCUGCUAAUCUUCUUCUCCUCCCUCUUUCUUCUACCUUCUUCUUCUUUCUUUCUUUCUUCCUUCUUCUUCCUUCUUCUUCUUGAGUCCCAUCGAGCCGAAAAUUGUUUUAUAAAAUAACAACUUUCCGUGUUAAAAUUUCACUUUAAAAAACUUUCACUUUAAAUUACCGUGUUUGGAUGGCCUGAUCCUGGAUGGAUUACCGUGUUUGGAUGGCCUGACUUGUAGUCGUGUUUUAUCAGAUAUAAAACGCUCGGCUGCUCCUCGCGUUUUAUAUCUGAUAAAACACUCCUACGCGUGCUUUAAAUAGUACUUAAUACGUCAAAUUUGACCAAUCAACAUGUAGGAUUUGUUAUGUUCACUUGUGCAAAAGUACUAAUAUCCAAUUUAUUGAUUAAUUGAAUAGAUUUUGUUAACAGUGAAGGCUAUGAAGCACAGUUAAUGCCUAACAGCUGUAAGAGUCACAAUUUAAGUGCUGUUAAACCAACUAAAUUUUAUGACAGUGUUUUCAAAGAAAAUGCCCCCGGCCUAAAUUUGAUAACAGUGUUUUCAAAGAAAAUAUUUCCCCCCUGGCCUAGGAUCCAAGAAAGGCUAGAAUUAUUUCCAGGUCCGACUUACAAAAAUGCCUCGCGAAACAAUGCAAAAGUUUGAGUUCUAAAACGAUGGAUGAACGUGGUGACCAGUUCCUGGUCCCAUCAUGGAUAAUAAAAUAAAUGGAUAGGAAACUAGCUGACGUGACCUAAUGUUUUUAAUGGGCUGAUGGCGUGGUUGGAUGCCUCAACCUAGUUGAAAACCAAAUUCUCAAAAACGGCAUGUUUAGCAAUAAUACAGCUAAACAUUUUAGUCAAGGAGCAAAUAAAUAUAACCACGCCAUUCUACCAUGAAAACUUUAAGUAUUCCCAUUCAAUUUUAGCAAAUAUUUCAAGCACUAAACAGUGAAAAAUACAUCGCAAAUUUCGUUAAAAUUUGUGAAACCAAUUUCGUAGCUACAAAUGUAAAAAAAAAUACAAAACAAAGACGAAAAACAUUUACCUUGAAUACUUUGUCGUGGCUUAGGCAUGUUUUUAAAACAAUUAGACCAGUUUAUGCUUCAAUAUCACCCUUUUAAAGUGGAAAAUAUAGCAAAACAACAAAAAUGCCGAGAACUUUGGUAACAUUCGCAAUACGCGUGACGUCACGUUUUUCAACAAGGAUGCAGUCAAAGACGUCAGGAAGUUUCCUAUCCAGCUAUUUUACAAUCCAUGGUCCCAUGUAGGAUCGUUAAUGAAUUCCACAUGUUUCCCAUCGACUUAUCCAAUUUUGUGUUGUCAUUCAGAUAUUAAUCCAGUUUCCCAGCUCAUUCGAAUUCACUGCGGAAUAUCUCCUAAGGAUAGUUGAUCACGUGAACACUGGAUGGUGAGUACUUAUACACACGCGUAAAAAUCUCACGACUUGUCAACACACGUAGAAACGCGCAAGCUAUUACAGACUGAUCUGCAGGAAAGUUGUAAAAAUAAGGCUGCUAUCAAGCCGAUAGCAGUAUGUAUUCGCACUGCUGGUUCCCAGUUGUUGUGACAAGACAGUCUGGAACAAGUUGUUUUCACCUAAUUGUUACAAAGUUGGUGACGGAACAGACUUGCUGCAAGUUGUUCCAACAAGACUAUAUGCCGUUCGUAACAAGUUGCUACGAGCUUGUUGUCAUCAACUUGUUAACAACUUGUUACGUGCAGACGAUAUCAGACUUGCUGGAACAACUUGUUGCGAGUCUGUUGGCUUCAACGACCUUUAUUGUACAAGCUAUGAGAUUUCUACGCGCGAACAAGAUGUGUUCGCAGCAGCUUGUGAACAAGUUAUAACAAUGCUGUCAUUUUUCAAUUCGCUAUACAAGGUUGUCACUUAACUUACAGCUUGUUAACAAGUUGUUGAGUUGCAGGACGAGAACAAGUUGCUUGUAGUAAGUCUGGUAAAGUCAACAACUUGUAGCAAGUUGCCAACAAGCCGACCCAGCGGUUGCCAACACAUUUAUAGACGCUUUCGCUUGCAUAUCUUGGCAGGCCGUAUCCUUUUCUGAUUGAGUAAUUUAUCUUUCAGGCAAAUGCAGGGUGCGAACUAACGGUCAACAAAUGACAGAUCGUUAUAUACAAGAAAGCAGUUUUGGAGAAUUUAGCGGCCUACAGGUUCAAAGAAACAUUUGUAGGCUAGCUUAAAUUCAGUUUUAAACACUGGAAAUCUCUUGCCGAAUGCCUGGUCAGCGGUUUCUGACAGCGAAAGAAACAUAAAUUAAAACUAAGCAACCCCAAAUACCUUUCAUUACAAAACAUCAAAGGAAUAAUAGAAAAAUUGUAGGUCAAAAUCGAAAUAUCUAUAGGUCAAACGUAGCAUGGUAUACAAUUUUUGAAAAUAAUUGUAUGCCAGAAAAAGUUCUUUAUUCGCACCCUGGAAUAUUCUUAGUUAAUAUGCAUGCUUUGCAUGGCCUGUUUGCCCUCCCUCAGCAAAAAUGUCUCGCAAAUUGUAAUGUCAAAUUGUCGUCUGAUUCUAGACUUGGUUCAAGUCCUUCUCAGGAGAAAAGUACGGAGAGACGGACUUAGGACAUUUCCAGCAUUUCGAAUGUUACUUGCAAAAAUUGGCGCGAAAAUUUGUUGCUCUCAACUCGCAAGCCACGCCUCAGUAGGAAAAAUCCGACGGUAAAAUUUGGCGCGCUUGCAGGGUAUCCAAGUCCGUCUCUCCCACUUUUCUCUCAAAUUUUCGCGCCUUUUUUCACCGCUCGCGUGCAUCGCUAUUUUCAACCCCUUGAGAGACAGGCUUUAACCAAGUCUAGUCUGAUUCAUGUAUAUUUUGUUUAAAUUUAAAUCAAUCGUCAAAGGUUUGGUACCUUCAUGUGUAAUAAUGAGAAGCAACGAAAUGAAGAAGCAAAGUCCCUCAGUACAAUCUCAUUGUGGGCACACCUGGAUAAUAUCAGAGAAGUGUUUCAAAAUGAAAAUUAUAUUCCAGAUGAUGAGGUAAUUAACGGAUUUCUACAUGACCAAAUAUUUGUUGUCAUUAUAGUUAACAAUUAUUCACCGAAGUCGAGGUCAAUAGUGCCAGAAUAUUCACCGAAACGCGAAGCAUUGAGACAUAUGCCAUAACAAAACAAAACAAAACAAAACAAAACAAAACAAAACAAAACAAAACAAAGUAUUUUUUAAAUAAAUUGUAUUGCAGCUUCAAACAUACCUCCACAAGUUGCCAACCUUGUUGUAGGGACUCAAUAUGAAAAAAAAAUUUUGAAAAUAUCUGAGUUUCCUAUUUCUUCGUUUUCAUGAAUGUUUCGAAUGAAUUUUUGCAAAAGUCUCUUUCGUUCGCUGAUCACAGAAUCUUUUACGUUUCCGGUGAUUUUCUUUUUUGGAAAUUUAAUAGUUGUAAACAAAACAGUAUUUAUUUAAAGCUUUUAGAAAUUUUAUCCAUUAGAAGUACCUUUAAGAAAUACCUCCACACACUGUUAAACAAAAGUUUAUGCCUUUCUUCGUUCGUGUUUGGCAGCUUCGUUUAGUAUACAAAUAUUUGCUCGUCUGUAACCGGAACGAAACGGGAAGCCAUUUUGUUUUUUUCCGGAGAUGAAUAGCGAAAGAAUGAUUGUUGCAUCUUAAAAUCUUUCUCUUACUGUGAGCUGUGAGGAGCGUAGUAGUCAUACAUACACGUACAAUUAUUGUGUUUUUAUAGCGUUCUGUCGUAGUUAAAAGUACGAUCAAAUACGUGUAGCUUUAUCUCGUUCAAGCCUGUAUGCGAUUUAUUUAGUAUCAUCUCCAAUUUUUAAUCAUCAAGCUUAUAUAUUCAUAAUUAUGUUGUUUUCAAUACAGCUUAUUCUAUGAUUCUUUUAUGCCAUGCAGCAUUGUUUCAAAUCUAUAUAGAAGAGCACCCGGCAUGAUUAAACAUAUCUAUCUUACUAUAGGUAUUACAUCCAACAUCAAGUUUGCGUCGUCUCCCUCUCUGGUCUGACUACUAUUUACGUUAUGAUGAAACAUUCUGGGCAGCCAACCAAUUAUUCGACUACGGACAACAGACUGACACCGAUGAGGUAAAAAGUUCUUGUAAUUGAUUAUUUCUGUAUGCAUGCAUCAUGUGUAUUUUCGUUUAAUUUUGUAUGGGUUGGGUUGGGUUGCCUCAAAGUAUUCACCAACAUCGGUUAAUUCGUAAAUAUCAGGAUUUUUGGGUAUCUCUCACUCGAUUCAACUAAUAUUGAAGGAUUUUUGUAGAUGGAAAUUUCGAGUGUGAAUUUUAUCCAUUUAUCCCCAAGCCGACGGCGCGAGCGCCGUGCGAGGGUACUAAUUCCCCCCAGCUAUUUACACCCGGGGAAACGAAAGCAUCAGGGAAGUCUAAAGUUCAUCAAUUAUCGCGGGCGUGGGUGACCAAUGGGUGGUCAUCCUCACCGAUCUCAAAAAUAUGGCGGACUGUCAUGAAUAGCGGACACUGAUUGGUCCAAUUUAAAGUUUGCAUUAUAACGACUGCAUGACGACA